AAAAAUUGAAUGUAUGCGUAUACAAAUGUGCUAUAUACAUUGUAUACACAUUGUUGUAUACGUGUGCGUAUAUGAACUAUUUAACAUUAAAAAUAAAUAGAAAAAUGUUAUCAGUGAUAAUAAGAAAUGCAGUUAAACGAAUAAAUGUAAGAAAUUUCUCUUCAUCCGUUACAUGCAACAAUGUUAUAUCAGGAAGAAUGUUAUAUGAAUCAAAAGAAUUAUUACCGUUUCUAACCUCACCAAAAAAUUUAACAAUAUAUAGAAAUUAUUACAAUGAAAACAAUAAAGAAAAAGGUGAUCAAGUAUCAUUACCACAACUAAUACCUGGCCCGAUAAACACUACGUUCAGUGUUCCUAAAGUAUUUAAAGUACCAUUCAUGCAAUUAUUUGUACGUUUCAUAACUAAAGAUCCUGAAUUUGAGUUGCCAAUUCUUCUUACUAACACUAAAAAAGCAGCAUCUAUAGUAUCCAUAGCACUGGCAAAUCAAGAUUAUGAUUCAUUGUACAAUCUGGUAGAUAAUAAUUUAUUAAAUUUGUUAAAAACAAGAAUAGAUACGCUAAGCGAUGAACAAAGAAAGCUUAUUGCUAUGAAUGAAGAGAAUAUUACACUUUUCAUGGCAUAUGAUUUAAAGUUUAGACGCAUAUAUAACACCGAAGAAAAGAAAAGGGUAGAAUUAACAUUGGUAGGACAUUACAUACCAGGCUUCAAUGUACAUGAAUUUUUCGACCAGAAAGUAAAGGAUAGAUUGGAAAGACUUUUAAUUUUAAAAAAGCAAAAAACGUUCGUUUGUAAUUACGUAUUUUCAAGAGAUUAUUGUGACGAUCUAGAAAGUCAUUGGAUAAUUAAACACAUUAAUCACAGUGAAGUAUUGCUAUUGCAAUAGCAAUUGGCUAUUCUUAAAAAUUAUAAAUGAAAGAAAUAGAAAACAAUAUGUAUGAUUUGAAAUAUAAAAAGAAUAAGA